CGUUGCAGGUCUCAACACCCUCACUCGGGGGACAACCGUGGCCCCUCCUCCUUCCGACGUCCGUACAACAGCCGGCACUUCGUCAACGACAUUUGAAACGGGACUGCAGAGUCUACCGGGAGGUUUAGCUGUGUGUAGCUAAAACGACCAGAGCUUCGGGCGCGAAGGUGUAGAGCCGCAGGUCCCUGAAGCAGCUAUUUUCGGUGUUCGUUUCUUCGGAUCCCCGCCCGCGGCCGCCUACCGUGAAGACCAUCGUUUGAGACCGAAUAGCAAAGACGGUUAUAAAGAGGUGGUAUAACAUGAGAAACAUAAUCAAUAUACCCAAUUCAUUCUCACGUUAGCAUUUCAACAGCUUUAAGUUUCAUACCUUGAAGUCUCCAAUCUCGUUACACACUCAUCUACACCCACCUAAAUACCUACAGACUAUCAAAAUGGUCAUCAACGUGCCCACUGCCUCUCUUGAGGGACAAGUCGCUCUCAUCACUGGUGCCGGUCGCGGUAUUGGAAGGGGCUGCGCCAUCGAGCUCGGCAAGCGCGGUGCUUCCGUCAUCGUCAACUACGUCUCAUCCGAAGGCCCAGCAAACGAGGUCUGCGAAAUCAUCAAGGGCUUCAACAACGGAGCCAAAGCCAUAGCCAUCAAGGCCGAUGUCAGCAAAGUCAGCGAGAUCAACAGAUUAUUUGAGGAGGCGAAGAAGGCGUUCGGCAAGAUCAACAUCGUCAUGAGCAACUCAGGAACUGAGAGUUGGGACGUAACGGAGGAGAUCAGUGAGGAGAAGUACGAUCACGUAUUCAACCUGAACACACGAGCACAGUUCUUCGUCGGCCAAACCGCGUACAAGCACAUUGAGGACAACGGCCGCAUCAUUCUGAUGAGCUCCAUCGCAGCUGGUCUCCUCGGUGUAAAGGACCACGCCCUUUACAAUGCCUCUAAGAUGGCUGUUAUCGGUUUCAUCAAGGCGUUUGCGACCGACUUCGGAAAGCGCGGUAUCACCGUCAACGGUGUCGCACCUGGUGGAAUCAAGUCAGACAUGUUCACACAGAAUGCAUGGCAUUACAUCCCUGGCGGUUCGCCUGACUGGCCAGCGGAGAAGAUCGAGACCCUUAUGGCAAACCACUGCCCACUCGGACGGUGUGCGGUACCUGAGGAUGUUGCCAGGGUCGUUGCGUUCCUCGCUUCAGAGGACGGCGGUUGGGUUAACGGCCAGGUCCUGACCAUCUCUGGUGGCUCGUCGCAGUAAGCUGUUGAAAGCAGUGAUGAUUGGACGA